ACAGCUUCCAACGUCCGAACGGUGCACAUCGGUGCUUCUUCGUCUAACAAUGGCCUUGCCACCCAUAGCGCUAACACGUGUGAAUUUGGUGCUAAGCUUCCUGCUUGCAAACAUUUCUGGACGAAUGGCGAACGCUAAAGAUGAUUAUGAGCUGAUGCCGGCGCUAUUUCAUUAUGAAAAUGUGACUGAAUGUUUCGAACAGUAUCCCGCGAGUGCUUACUGUGUAGUGAAAACGGUCCUUAAGCCGGAGGAAAGCUCCGACGUGUGGCGUGCAAUAGCAAAAUAUUCCAAGCAUCCUUCCUACCACGAACACUCCCUGCUCGAUCGGGGACUGUGCGUCGAUCGGUGUGUGCGCCUGCUCGAUGGUUUAAGUUCUUCCGUCAAGGCCGCUCUUGAAACGGAACCAAUCACAGUGCAACCUUACCAUCUUCUUUCGAUCCCAUCAGAACCGGGGCUUCCCGAAUAUCGGACCCAGUACGGGAGAAUGCUCAACAUCUGCGUCAACCAUCGACUGAAACAGCGCUACAAUCUGUCCGGCCACUCCGAGCUGGAACGAUGUGUUACUGCGGCUACACAGCACCCCUCGAUCGAUGCGUAUCAUGUGCUGUUCCUGUCGCUAAUUGCAACACUUUGCGGUUUGGUUGGGUACGCAAGUUACCUCGAAUGGCGGCACACGCCACCACCGUCAUUGGACAAUAAUAACGAAACGAGCGCCACUACAAAAGCAAACUACGCAAGACACUCCACCACCGCCACCAACGCGCUGUGGAUGGAGUUUGCACUUCAACGAAGCUGGUCACAGCUCGUAACGCCACCCAGGACGAAGCUGCAGCGUGAUUUUGCGUUCGUUGAGAUCUUCCGCAUGCUGUCGGUGUUUAUCAUACUGGCCAUCCACGUGUCGAUGGCGUAUGUGGCAGCGCCGACAGCGCACAUGCGACCGCUGGAAGAGUUUUACGGUCUUCCGCUAUCGUUGAUCGCUGUCAGCGUAUUUCCAUUUCAGGUGCAUACAUUUUUCACGAUCAGUGGCGUGAUGCUGGCGGUACACUUUAUCGAGUUUGCCGGCUCAAGGGCAACUCGUGUCGGUUGGUCGACCCUGUGGAAGGGUGUGGUGAUGCGCUAUGUACGCCUCUUUCCCGUCUUGUUUGUCGUGUGGCUUUAUCAGGUGUCGUGGCUCGAUUGGUUUGCUCGGGGUCCGGGUGACUAUCGGUACUUUGCACUGGAGCGGGACAACUGUCGGGCGAAUGGGUGGUUGAACUUUCUAUUCUUAAACAACUACUUCAAAGCCAGCUCUAUGUGUAUGCAACAAUCCUGGCAUUUGGCGGCCGAUUUUCAAUUCUUUCUGGCCGGUCUUCCUUUGCUCAUACUGAUCAACCGUCAUCCACGACUGCUGUGGCCGUUGGUAACCACUGCCAGUAUAUUCUCGAUAGCAGCUCCCAUCGUGAAUCUGUACCACCACAAACUGCCUGGAGUGAUCCUUGCCAACUUUAAACAGCUCCGGUUCAUCUUCUACGUUCAUCCUGUUCUUACGAACGAUUACAUGCUCUCGCAUCCCCACACCUGCAGCUACUUCAGUGGACUGUUUGCCGGCCUUGCGUACCAUCGCUAUCGUACAACGUCCAUUCCCUGGCUUUCGGGUGAUACAACCUCUUCGCGACUACUGAAAUGGCUACCGCCAGCAAUGGUUCUGCUACAAGCUGCCGCUUCUCCCCUGUUCUACGCCCUCGACUACAGUGAACCAAUGCUAUGGAAUGCUGUGUACGGGGCGGUUCAUCGCUGCUGCUGGGGUGCCAUGUGUGCGGUGGGCAUCCUGUACGGUGCGACGGUGUGGCAGGGUCGUCACUCGUGGAUCCACUUCCAUCCAGCGCUGCAGCUGCUUAGCCGGCUUUCGUUCGGUGUGUUUAUGGUGCAGUUUAAUGUGCUGAAGAGCGUGACGCAAAAUGCAUCCGGCAAUGGAACGGGCUUCAGUUGGAAGAUUUUCUUUGAAGCGGUUCUUUACACGUGGAUCGUCUGUUACGGGGUGGCGCUUGUACUCGCCUUGCUGGUUGAGCUACCAGCGGCAGCCAUUUUUAAGCGAUUAUUAGGUGCACGCAAAUCUUCACAAAUAGACAAAACAGAACAGCAAUGUGCUGUUAUAAAAAAAGAGUGAAAAGGAGGGCUCUGUUUAA